AUGGGGCACUAUGUAACCUCCUCAGGUAAUGCAGAUGCUUCUUGCUAUAACACAACUCCAAAUUCAAUGACUGAUGUUUCAGUCUCGCAUCAAGGCAGCUUGUAUUAUGCAGGUGAUUCUCUGCAACAUACCAACGGCAGCCACUACGCCAAAGACGGCAAUACUGUCGAAUGUCUCAGAUUCACUGUGGGCCCUAGUGCGGCUCGGGAUUGGCUUGAUGGCUGCCGAUCAAAGUUGGAUAUUUACAGGGGCCCGUGCAGUUUUGGAAAGAAGCUGAUCACUUUGGCACACUAUCAACAAAUCGUCAAUGUUAUGAUCCCGAAAGACGCUGAGGUCAUGAACCCAUCCCUCUGGCAUGAUGAUCUACACGAUGACAGCAUCUUUGUAGAUCCAUUUCACCCUGAAAAUGUCACAGAUAUUAUCGAUUUGCAGUCUUAUCAUGUCUCGCCACUGUUCAAUCAGAAUCCGGAUCUGGCCUUCCUUGAUUGGGCUGGCCUUGGACCCGAGAAAUCUGAUCUAGCAUCAAAGCCAAACAUUUCCAACCCUUCCCGGGAGAUCGGGCUACGACAUUUCAUGAGUAUACUUUUGAAAAUUUAUUCAUUGGAUGGCGGAAACUCAAGCAGCUCAAGAUCCGCGCUACAUCGGGCAACUGAAUUCCGAAAAAUACCAGCCUUUGGAGUGAUAUCCUCUGCUCACCGCAUAUUCGAGUACGGCAAGAAGCACCUUUCAUCGGUCGUUGUCGAUCUCAAGGACUCGUGGGAAAGUUUACCUGCCGUCCAAAGUAAAGAACUCACAGAGCACGAGCGAUAUGAAGAUUGUAAAGCUACUCUUCACACGUUCAAAAGCCAGAUAUUAGAGCAAUUGGCAGAAACUGACGACGACAAAGUUGAGUACGAAAGAUAUUGGCCAUUUGACUGA